AUGAAAUUGCCAAAAUUAGAUGUCAUUGAUAGGGAGAGAACAAAGACGCACCUCCGCCUUAUCAACAACGUGAAUGUUUUGCCGACUCCCGUGGGUGCGUCUCAAAUCUGGCUUCUUACCACGCCCGUCUUUGAACCUCGAGGGAUGGAAUAUGAAAACCCGAAAGAUUUCACUGCCGCCGGCAGAUCGAAGGCAAACGACAUAUACCCCUUCGAUGAACGAUUGAACCUCGCGGAGUUUUUGCGCACGGCAUUCUCCUCAUCAUCCUGA